AACGAACUUUUAAUAUUUCAAGAAAAAAGAAGUUUUAAAUCUGAAAAAAGAAAAAAGAGAAUCUGAUUGGGUGAUUUUUAGGUGGAUUCGGGCUUCGGAUCUCAGGUCUCCCAAUUCUCUGCAUUACCCUUCUCUGCUUCGAGGAAGGUGAUACAGAGAGAGGUGCAAGAGACCCAAUCCUCACUAACACAAUUUAAUUUCUCUUCCCUCAAUAUUUUCAUUUUUGAUAUAUAAUAUAUGCUUGAAUUGGAAUUAAUAAUUGCGCUUUCUCUUCGAUUCCUUAAUAUCGAAGGGUUUCGUGCUGCUGCUUUAUAUACGCAUGCCUUGCGUACUUGAGGCUUCUGGUUGAUGAAUUGGCUCGCAUCGAUUCCAUUUCGAGAUUUGGAUUAAAUUUGAUUCAUGUCGGCAAGAACUUUGAGGAGGAGACUUCAUCACGGGGAUGUUGAUGGAAAAAGGGAAGAGCAUUUUGACUCGUCAGGUUAUGAUGGCUUGAGCGAACCUCUACUUGGUACUCGCGAACACGAUGAUAUGCCUACAGUAGGACUCACAAUAGAAGAUAUUUGGAAUGCUGAACAGAGGAGGGAAGGCAUCCACUGGACGUUGAUAUUAUCACAGUUGAUUGCGGAUUGGGCACAAUGGUUAGCAAAUAUUGUCCUAGGUUCUGGAUCACUUAUCGGACGGCUUUUACCUUUUGUUGGUCAAAGUGGAUCAAGCAAGAAUCUUCUUCAUCCUUAUCUUAAUCCUUUACAGGAAGAAAGACUCAGAAAUCUGCAGCAAAGGCUGGGAGUGCCUUUUGAUGGUUCUCAAGUGGAGCAUCAAGAUGCACUUAAACAAUUGUGGGGAUUGGCUUAUCCUGGUAGGGAGCUUCCAUCUCUUAAAUCCGAGCUUUGGAAGGAGAUGGGCUGGCAAGGUUCAGACCCCUCUACUGAUUUUCGGGGUGGUGGAUUUAUAUCAUUGGAGAAUCUAAUCUUUUUUGCAAAGAAAUAUCCGGACUCAUUUCAGAGAUUGUUACAUAAGAAAGAUGGAAACAGAGUUGAGUGGGAGUAUCCGUUUGCUGUGGCUGGCAUAAACAUUUCCUUUAUGCUGGUACAAAUGUUGGAUCUUCAAACUGGAAAGCCAUCCACUCUGGCAGGAAUCAAAUUUGUAGAAUUACUUGCAGGAGAUGAAAUGGCGUUUGACAACCUCUAUUGUGUAGCCUUUCAAAUGAUGGAUGCUCAAUGGCUUGCAAAGCGUGCUUCUUACAUGGAAUUUAAUGAUGUUUUGAAGUCCACAAGGAUGCAGUUAGAACGUGAGCUUGCCCUUGAAGAUGUCUAUAGUGUGAAAGAUUUACCAGCAUACAAUCUGUUGAGAGGAUAACUGUUACAGAAUGUAAAAAUUUAUAUAUAUUCACAAUCUAAGUAUUUUAAUUUAUAUAUUAAUACUAAAAAGUGAGAGUAAUUUCUUUUAUCAA